CAUUAUUACUCAUGGUGUAACUUCCUGGUAUUAAGUACCCCUGUGAUCGAUGUUGAAAGCCACUGGGUCGCUGUUUAUCAGAGUAAACCAAGCAGGAAGGUAUGAAACUUGUGAAGUGAGGCGCAGGUGAUGAAAUAAAAAACCAAGUAUUGCGUCCUAGAUGGUGAAAGAACACAACUGAAUUCCAGCUCACAACAUACCAGUCACUACUCUUCUCAAGAAAGUGAAGUCUUGAGGAAUACUGUCUGGUAAUAAAGGCGUCCUGACAAUUGCCUCCAUCACAAACCCUAAUUUCUCCCACAAAACCCCAAAAACCGAGUCCCCGUGCAACAUCACCAAAACACCACCACAACCACAAUAAAAACUCACGAUAGCUUUACAGAAAGCUCAAAAAGAAUGACCCCCACCCGAUUUGAACGGAUAACCUUUCGAUCUGGAGUCGAACGCGCUACCGUUGCGCCAGAGGGCCAUGUUGUGUUAUUCCGGACCUCGAAAUGGAGAGGCGGGAUUGACGAUGCAGCCGGGAAAUGGGUUUAUGAAUGGAAGCGGGGUGGAGUGGUGCCUGCAGAGUUGGAAAACGGAGUUUCUGGAAAUGAAAGUGGGUCUCAUGAAUUACUUUGCAAAGGGCAAGUGUGCCGCUUUCAUGCAGGACAAAAGAUGCAGACUCGCUCUCUCUCGGGUGAGACGCUGCAGAACGAUUGGCGAGUCGAGACUGUCUACACGGUUCGACUUUUAAGUCCACUUGAGCAAAUAUCAGGGCCUCAGUUUAUAGUCGCAUAGAGCAACCUCGACGUAUAGCCAAACUAUACUAAUAAACACUCAUCAAGCGGAG